GCAGCAACAGCAACAACACGCCGCAACGCCUCCAUGACACACGCAGAGACCUAUCCACCUUUCGUCUGUUGUCUUUGCUGCUGCACCACUACCACCUGUAAAAACACGUCAUAAGAAAACGAGAGACGCGUCUUUUUCUCUUCACCUUUCACAUCUUUUUGUCGUUUCACAUCCAACCUCCAUCUUUCCUUCUCGUUCUCAUCCUCAUUACCCCGCCGUACGCCAUUACUAGCAUACGGCCGAAUCACGCUCCCUCAUCACACAUAUACACAUAGACACCAUGGCUGAGUACAGACAUCUCGCCAAGCCAGACCCAGAAUGGAACGACUUCCCCAACAACCUCCCGCCCAACACGCACGUCCUCCAAAUGAACCGCGCCCACGACCCCAUCACCCCACAGCCCGGCCUCACCAUAGACGAAUUCACCGUGCCUGUCCGAGACGGCACAGAAAUCUGCCUGCGCCGCUACGUCAAGACGGCCGCCGCUACAGACCGUCUCCCGCUCUUUGUCUACAUGCACGGCGGCGGUUACGUCACUGGUGGCCUUGAGACCGACGACGAGACCUGCCGAGCCAUUGCCGCCGAGAUAGAUGUCGUGGUUCUUAGCAUUGAAUACAGAUUGGCCCCCGAGUUUACCUUCCCUAUUGGUUUUGAAGAUUCCUUUGAGAUUGUGCGCUGGGCUGCGUCGGCCAAGGGCCAGGAAAAGCUUCAGGUUGAUUUGGCAAAGGGCUUCAUUGUUGGCGGCACAUCAGCCGGCGGCAACUUUACCUCGGGCAUUGCGCACCUCUAUGCCAAGGAUGAGAUUCAGCCGCCCAUUACAGGUGUUGUCUUCCUGGCUAGCAACUUUUGCCAUCCGGAUGCUCGGCCUGCCAGAUACCUCGACCGCCUUCUGAGUGUUGACGAGGUCAUUGAUGCGCCAGGCUUCAAUCGUACCUCAAUUGACCACUUUUCCAAGAUAUAUGGCGGUCCUCCUCACGAUAAGCGCGUCUCGUCAUUGCUGUUUGACAGCCACACCGGCAUCGCGUCCAAGGCUUACUUUGCCGUCUGCGGCUGGGACCCAAGAAGAGAUGAGGCCCUUUUAUUUCAACAGCUCCUCAAAGAAGCCGGUUUGGGCACGAAAAUCGAUGUUUACCCUGGACUUCCACAUGGUUUCUGGACUACCUGUCCCAGUUUGCCCGUCUCCAAGACGUGGCGACAGAACCUCCUGCAAGGGCUAAAGUGGAUGGUGGAAUAAUGGCAGAAAAUGAAAGUCGUUGUAUUCAAUAUAUAAGAUUAUGCUGCAGAGCAACUCAACUAUUUUUUACUAAUUAUCCUGUGAUCAUUAUUUAGAGCUCAUCCGCCUCCGCCGAGUCAGAAGUAGUAUCUUUGGUGUGCUUGCCACCCUUUUCGGCAUCCCACUCCUUUAGCCACUCGCCCACAAAGCCAACCAUGGCCUGUUGCGCGUCCACCACCUGGCGAGGGGGCAGAUCCUGCUCCUCUGUUCCGCUGGCAAGGCCAAACUCGUCCCAGUGGUGCACUCCGUAGUCGACAAGAAUAAAGGGCUCGCUGACGGUGGACUUGCGGUCUUUCUGGCCGAUGGCGUGGACACCAGCAGCUCUCCAGGGGUCUUGAGCGCCAUCCAAGUGCGCCAGACGGGAGUGGCUGAAAUCAAAGCCGCCAAACUUGUUGAUGUUGUCCACGUUGGGGAGGUCCGUAAUGUUGAACAGGUUAGGGCAGUGCCAGGCAGCAUAGUCGCGAGUGACGGCUCGCGAGAUGAGAGGCAGCUGGUCCUUGGGCACACCAGUGCCAGUAAUGAAGAAACCGUUC